CCUUCUUGCGGGUGCGGCGAUGACUGCAGCCCGGCAGCAGGAGGUGCCAUUGCAGUGCCGGAGACGGAGAAGACAGGGAUGAGAGAGAGAGAGAGAGAGAGAGAGAAAGGACAGGGUCUCUAUCUCUCUCCGGCAGCAGCGCACACACAUCGGCACAGGCGCAUAUAUAGAACCAACACCCAGCCUGGCUUCGCAUCCAGAGCUCGGCACAAGCCAACGAAGGGCGAUGAGAUGUUGAGCCGGGAGCCGGCAUUGGGGCCACUGUCUCUGCAAACCUCUGGAGGCCACAGGGCUUGAAGCCCAGAAACCAAAGGCAGGCGGAGAGGAGAUUGUUGCAGGCGUAGCUGCGGCGUGCCAAGAAGCCAGCAAGGAAGCGAGCAAGGAAGGAAGGCCACCGCCACCCCACGAGCAUCGCAAUAUGGAGAUCAUCGACACGAGUACAAUCCAGCAGGACAGACUGCAAGCCAUUGCGGAGAAGCGGAAGCGCCAAACGGAGAUCGAGAACAAGCGGCGGCAGCUCGAAGAUGACCGGCGGCAGUUGCAACACUUAAAGUCAAAGGCUUUGAGGGAGAGAUGGUUGCUGGAAGGAGCCCCAUCGUCCACAGCCGAGGAAGGAGAGGCCAUGAAGAAACAGAUGGAGGAGGACGAUUUGAAGGCCAAGGAACUGGAAGAGAGCAUCCAGAGGUUAGAGAAGGAACUGGAGCAGCUGGAAAACGGCAUCUCGGCCUCAUCCACCAAAGAGAACGUGGCCGAGGAGACCGCCAAGGAGGAGAAGCUGCAGCUCACCCCCAAGACUCCGCUGGGCUCGGCCAAAGCCAGCAGCAAGGCCUCCAACAGCCCCGCGAAAGUGGCGGACGGUGGGAUGAUGAAGGCGGCUAUGUACUCUGUGGAGAUCACUGUGGAGAAGGACAAAGUCACGGGAGAGACCAAGGUCCUUUCCAGCACCACUAGACUUCCCAAAGACCACUCAGUUCAGGGGGUCAAAGUGUACGAGGACGAGAUGAAAGUGGUCCACGCAGUCCGGGCCGAGGACGGGGCCCUGGAGAACGGCCUCCACCAGCUCAGCUCCUCCGAGGUGGACGAGCUCCUCCACAAGGCCGACGAGGUGACCCUGAGCGAAGCCUCCGAGAAAGCCAAGGACCCAUCCAGCCAGAAGGCCACCCCUCGGAAGGAGAUCACGGGCGUCCAGGCCAAAGCGGUGGACAGCCCCAAACUCUCGGCGUCCGGCGAAGGCAAAGAGCAGCCGGUCACCAUGAUCUUCAUGGGCUACCAGAACGUGGAAGACGAGAACGAGACCAAAAAGGUGCUGGGCCUCGAGGGCACCAUCAAGGCGGAGCUGGUGGUGAUCGAAGAUGCCGAGAACAAGGCGGCGGCGGGGAAGGACCAAGCGCCGCCCAACGGCACCGCGGUGGAAGCGGCCACGGCCGGCCUGCAGAAAGAGGAAGGCCGAGCCGGGGAGAAGCAGCCGGCCGCCAACGACACCGAGCCCAAAGGAGCCGGGCAAGACCUCGACGCCAAGAAACAGCGCUGCAAGUGCUGCUCGGUGAUGUGAGAGGCCACCCGUGAGCGGCCCGCCAGGACUGUCUUCCCCUCCACGACGCCUUUGUGGUUACUUCCUGCGUUCUACAAACUCCUCGGUUUUCAAGAGUUCUUAUUUUUACUUAAGGGUCCGUUCCUCCAGAAAUCCUCCCUCUCUCUCUUUCUCUUUCGAAAUAUCCGAAACGUCUCCGGUUUCCCCCCCCCUUUGCCUGCCCUUGAUAUCCUCGCCUACGUAAUGUAUUCCUCCCCAUAAAUGUAAAAAAAAAUAUGCGAAAUAUUACAUUCAUUAGGCCUAG